AUGAAGGAGUCCGAUAAGGACGGCGGGGCGAUAAAGCAGUCCGGGGUCCUUGAGGCGUCCACGACUCCGGGAGAGGGAGAGAGAGAGAGAGAGAGCUCGGCCACUUCCACACACACACACACACACACACACACACACACACACACACACACACACACACACACACACACACACACACACACACACACACACACACACACACACACACACACACACACACACACACACACACACACACACACACACACAGACCAGAGGCGGACGCGUCGCGGCGGGAGCGUCUCCAAACGGCUCCGCUCGGCCUCCUCGUCGACUUCUAACCACGCCGGUGUGUAUACACGGGGAGCAGAUAGAGGAGGAGGAAGAGGAGGAGGAAGAAGAGGAGGAGGAGGAGGAAGAAGAAAGGGUUUUCGGGGGUCUGGGCCCGUGGCCCCCUGGUCCUGGUCCUGGUCCUGCUGCUCUGGGGAAUGUGAAGAGUUACAUCGUGUGUGGAACACUUUCCCCCUGCAGUCCCAUAAAAGGGCGGUUCACACAGACCAUCGACCCCGCCGGCCAAUCACAGCAGGGAGCCGUCCUCGCGGGAGGAGGAGGAGGAGGAGGAAGUUGCCUGCGUCUGCACAUCCGCAGGGUCACCGGGAGGUGCUGCGCCGCGCGCCGCCACCAGGGGGCAGCAUCGCCCUUCCCCCCGCCGGCCCUCUGCCUGCACUGCGUCGGUUCGGGGCUGAGCGGAGACUGCAGUCCGGUCACAGUGGCUUCUUCUGGACCCCGUGUUCUCAUCCCCGUCACGUGGUGUGUGUCGAGAGGCUCGCGCGGCUUCGUUCACGUUUUCUUGGGGGUGUUCCUGUCCUGCAGAGUGCGUUUCAAGUCACACAUCUGGCGGUAGAAACAUCACAACAUAUACAGCCUUACAAAAAAAGUGACGUUUGAGUUCUUCUUCUUUAGUUUUAAUAAAUAACCUUUUGGCCUCU